AUGACAGCCUGUCAAUUCAAACCAGCGUCACCGAUGUCUUUCCUUGAUUACUUCGCGGUCUUAUUGACGUGCAUCACUGGAUUGGUUCUGUUUGGUGCGUUUUAUUUCCUAGAAUUGGGCUUGAAUCCUUUUCAACCGGAGCAAAUAAGCCUCGCUUGUACAGGUGACCCAACUGAAAUGAUGGUCACGUGGGUGACAUUCAGUCCCACAGUAAACCCCACCGUUGAGUACAAUGUUCACGGUGAGCCACUCAGAUUUAACGCUGCAGGCAUCAUGACGAAAUUCAAAGAUGGCGGAUGGUUGCAUCGAGUGCUGUACAUACACAGGACCAAACUUACCGGACUUAAACCAGAUCAGUCGUAUGAUUACCGCUGUGGAGGGGACGACCUCUGGAGUGAGGUGUACACCUUCAAGACUCUCAGGAGUGGGGAGGAUUGGAGCCCGCGCAUAGCUUUGUACGGAGAUAUGGGAACAGACGGACAGUCACUUUCAUUGCUUACAUCCGAAGCUUUAAAUGGAAACUUUGAUGUUAUAUUGCAUGUUGGUGAUUUUGCUUAUAACAUGGACUCGGACAAUGCACGGAUUGGUGACAAAUUCAUGAAUCAAAUUCAACCUAUUGCAGCCCGAAUUCCGUACAUGACGUGUCCCGGAAACCAUGAAACUGCCUACAAUUUUUCAAACUACAAAAACAGGUUUUCCAUGCCGUCUGAUGACAUGUUUUACAGCUGGAACAUUGGUCCAGCUCAUAUAAUAAGUAUUUCCACGGAAUUCUACUUCUUUUACCGCGAGUAUGGAUCUGAACAGAUCGCAAAUCAGUACAAGUGGUUAGAGGCUGAUCUCAAGGAAGCAACAAAGAAAAGUAAUCGAGCCAAACGUCCGUGGAUUAUUACGAUGGGUCACAGGCCUAUGUAUUGUUCAAAUGCUGAUGGUGAUGACUGCACUCAGAACGAAAGCAAGGUUCGCACUGGUCUAAAUUCAAAAUAUGGACUGGAGGAUCUUUUCUAUAAGUACGGUGUUGAUCUAAUGGUGUGGGCUCAUGAACAUUCUUACGAAAGACUUUAUCCUGUUUACAACCGAAAGCUUUGCCGGAGUCCUUUCGAAAAUGCGUACAUCAACCCAUGCGCCCCCGUUCACAUUAUCACAGGAUCAGCGGGAUGCAAAGAACACCACGAUGCUUUUAAGCCAAAGUAUGGUCCAUGGACAGCAUAUCGGGCCUUGGAUUACGGCUACACAAGAAUGAAAAUUCACAACAAAACGCAUCUGUAUAUGGAGCAAGUCAGUGUUGAUAAGGGAGGAAAAAUCAUCGAUAAUGUGUGGAUUACAAAACACCACCAUGGACCGGGUGCCUGGAUAAUACCCAUGAAAUAACCAUAAUUAAAAGUCGUGUCUGACAUGUGAAAGGGAAGAAUGGGCAAUUUUGUGCAUUGUACCUGACUUUGUUUUUCCAAAACGUUGCCUUAACCUCGCUUC